GCGCCGGGGGGAUGCGCGGGUCUGGGCGGGCAGCCCCGGCGCACAGCCGCGGCCCGGGCGCGCGGCGCGGGGCGGAAAAGCCUGUUUACACAGACUGCACACCGCCUGGGGAAUAAUGCAGUAAAGGAAGUGAGCAGGCUCGGCCUGACUGCUCCAACUUCCUGCUCUCACACACAGCAGAGGAAAAAAAAAAAAAAAAAAAAGAGGAGCGAGAGAAAGAAAAAAAAAGGGGGAAAAAUCAGGAUCUCAUUACAAGAGCAACAGACCGUCUGCAGACGCCUGUCAGCAUGGAAAGUCGGGGGCUUUCGCCCGGGUCCUCCUAGAAAUCUUCCCAAGAAGACUCCCAAACGCUCCCCCACAUCUGGGUAUGGAGAGUGCAAUCACGCUGUGGCAGUUCCUUUUGCACUUGUUGCUGGACCAGAAACAUGAGCACCUCAUCUGCUGGACAUCCAACGACGGCGAGUUCAAGCUCCUCAAAGCGGAAGAGGUGGCCAAGCUGUGGGGUCUCCGCAAAAACAAGACAAACAUGAACUACGACAAGCUGAGCAGAGCCCUGAGAUACUAUUAUGACAAGAACAUCAUCAAGAAAGUGAUUGGGCAGAAGUUUGUGUACAAGUUCGUCUCUUUCCCGGAUAUCCUAAAAAUGGAUCCUCACGCUGUGGAGAUCAGUCGGGAGAGCCUCCUGCUGCAGGACAGCGACUGUAAGGUGUCCCCGGAAGGCCGAGAGGUCCACAAGCACGGCUUGUCUGCCCUCAAAAGCGCCAGCCGCAACGAAUACAUCCACUCGGGCCUGUACUCCUCCUUCACCGUCAACUCCCUGCAGAGCCCUCCUGAGGCCUUCAAGGCCAUCAAGACCGAGAAGCUGGAGGAGCCCUGUGACGACAGCCCCCCUGUGGAAGAAGUCAGGACUGUGAUCAGGUUUGUGACCAAUAAAACCGACAAGCACAUCACCAGGCCUGUGGUGUCCCUGCCUUCCACAUCCGAGGCGGCGGCAGCCUCUGCUUUCCUGGCCUCAUCUGUCUCAGCCAAGAUCUCCUCUUUAAUGUUGCCAAAUGCUGCUGCCAGCGUUUCGUCGGCAUCACCCUCCUCAUCUCGGUCCCCAUCCCUGUCCCCCAACUCUCCCCUCCCUUCCGAACACAGAAGCCUCUUCCUCGAGGCAGCCUGCCAUGACUCGGAUUCUCUGGAACCCUUAAAUCUGUCAUCGGGCUCCAAAUCCAAGUCUCCGUCUCUUCCCCCAAAAGGCAAAAAACCCAAAGGCUUGGAAAUUUCUGCACCUCAACUGUUGCUCUCCGGCAGCGACAUCGGCUCCAUCGCCCUCAACAGCCCAGCCCUCCCCUCAGGAUCCCUCACUCCAGCCUUCUUCACCGCACAGGGUGCUUUGUGAAGUGGGACCCGGCUGGCACACAGCAUUUGGUCACCUGUGAGAACACCCUCUAAACUUCUGCCCUGAGCGAGGAAGUCUGUGCUCUGCUAACCCAGCCCCUAAAAGUGCGGAGCCUUGACACACGUGUCACAUGAUCACUGUCCUUUUCCGUGCACCUCGUAAGGUCCAAGUUCAGAUUUGAACUCUUCAUCUCCAACUGGAUGUGAAGAAAAGAAAGCCAGCAGGAUUCUGCCACUCCCUUAGGGCCAGAGCCACCUCAUGGCAGGGACACUUGUGAUGCCUUUAGCAACAGGAAUUAUAAAGAGCCGGGGGACAUCACUCUUGCUAUAAAUUUAUAAUAAACAAGUUACCAACACAGUUAAGACCAUCUCCAACAAGGGACUGCAAGGAACUGAAAAACUCGAGCAAAAGUCAGACAGGUUCAGAGAAACGGGGGCCUCAGAGCUCAGCCCCAGAGGUCCUGUCUGAAUGUUGCCAAAAAGCAGGGCUGCGUGCUGUCACUGUUGGCACAAGCUCCCAAAUGGAAGGCAGAGCGGAGGAGCUGGGGUGUGAAGGCUCCCUGGCCUCUGGCCAGGCACCUUGGCAGUGCGGAAGGCGCCAGCUGGAGCUUCUGACUCUGUCCUUUGCACCUUGCUUUCAUCUGUCUCCCUUCCCGCCAUUUUCCAUUUGUGUCCCAUUGCCCCUGUCCACCACCACCCCACCCCUGCCCCCAGGGGCACCACCACCCCACUCCCUGCCCCCAGGGGAAGCCACUUCAGACCCCAAGGCUGAUGCUUUGGGUUUCCCACUUUUGCCAAGACUUGUGUUCAUAUCACCUGUACUGUGCAAGAUGAUGAAAUCAGAUCCGUUUAGCGCGGGCAGGCGCUCUCUGUCAGAGUCUGAGUUUGCAGGCCUCAGGGUGUUUGCUCAGCAGCUGCCCUGAUUAGUGCUGACUGAGGGGGAGACAGCCUGCUAGGUUGGAAAUGCUAAAGUCUACUUCCUUUAUUAUGGGGUGGUGAGACAGUUUUGAUCCGGAGUCAGAAACAGGGAGUCUGGGGCAACCGGAAUGCAGGCAUCCAGUCCGCCAGCCCACUUCUGGGGUGGUUCCAUCUUCCUGUCUUUUCUAACGUUAGCUUUAGAAGAAAAACAGGUUUUUUUUCCUCUCUCUUCCCUCAAGGGUUGUUCGACUUCCUUCUUAUUCUGUUAACACUGCCCCAGCCAAGCCUCCAGCUUUGUUCACAAUGGCCUUCCCUACAGGCAGAGAACUUCCUUGUGGGAGGUCUUUGCAGUAGAAGCUGCGGAGGUUCUUGGCUCCCUGCCUGUGCCCUGGGUUCCCUGGGUCCCCUUGAUGCUCCUCUCCCCUCCUGUUGGUCCCUCUUGCCUCUUUAUCUCACCUCAGGCUCCAUCACUGCCUUCCAUGGGAUGUGUGAGAUUCUCCUUAUCCCCUUCCUUCAGAUCGGAACUGCAGUAACUCUUAUGGGAUUCUGGUCCUCUUUUAAAGUCUUUAAGACUAUGUUUUUAUUGAAUUCAGACAAUUCUGUGGCUUUCCAGCGACUGGCACUUCAGGGAAUAUAUAUAUAUAUGUAUAUAUAUAUAUAUAUAUACAUAUAUAUAUAUGUGUGUGUGUGUGUAUGUGUAUAUAUAUUACACCUUAUUUAUUCACACACAUAUAUACUAACUUUACUACAUGUGUGACGAUGGGACAUAUGUGUCAUGGAGCACAGGUUGAGGUCAGAAGACAACUUGUAGGAGUUGGUUCUUUCCUUCCAAUACAUGAGACCCCCCAGACUGAACUUUGGCUUGGUGCAAAUGCUUUUACCACUGACCCAACUUUUCUAAAAUAAUGUUUAACUGGGGUGCCAUUAUAAUAGAGUCUGUUUGCCUCUUA